CAAAAUAACAAACUGUCUGAGUAAUGCUAUUAAUCUUUAACAUCAUCGGAGGAGAAGACAUCCACAGUGUCAUGUGAGAAACUGCACUUUACACUUAAGCCAGAGAAGAAACACCAGCACAUCCAUCAACGCCAUGUGAGCUCACACGGGGGGGAAAAGGAAAACCUGGCUGCAUUGAGAAGAAAUAAGAAAAGCUGUCCAAGGUUUAAAAUGUUAACCAGGUGGAUGGCACUCACAGCGUUUCUGUCUGCCUCAGCUGAUCUUGUGAAUGCAGCUUUUGGCGACGGCUCUUUAACUGUUGCACCAACCUGCAGGCUCAAAGGUCGUCCAGAGGUAGAGCUGACUCUGAGCUGCGGAGACCAAAGAAAAGCAGGUAUUGUCCAGUACUGGCACACCCCCUUUGGAGACCUCGAGACCCCUGGUACUCUGAGUAAACUGGACCCUGUCUUUAUGCAUCACGAUGGGAGCCUGGUGGUCCCCAACACCAGUCAUCUCCACAGCGGCUUGUACUACUGCCUCCUGCAGCACAAAGAGGGAACGACACUGUGGUCGUACGAGCUCCAUGUUGGUCAGAAUAAUCAAACAGAUGAAGAAGACAAUGCACAUGAGGAGCAUCGCUGUGGUGCGUUCAGGAUCAGGAGGGAUGUUGGUUCUGCAGAGGAGAAGCAGGGCGGUGUUUCAGAUGAGCAGUUUGCAGGAGCUGUGGCUGCAUCAGUUCUUCUGACAUUUGUGCUGGGCUUCAGCGCUGGAGCUCUGACUAGGACUCAGGUUCUCAGGUGUCUGGGGGCAGUCACUAUGAGGCUGAGAUCACCACGGCAACGCCAAAGCGACACACUGGACCACGGCUCCGAAGUCAACAUGACAACCUUGCCCCCCAUGUACGAAAACUGGGCCUUUGCAAUGGAACGGGUGGAGUUGGAUGAAGGUUCGGAGACUUGCGGGACCGCAGACUCAACGAUUUCAUCGACAGCCUCAUCGCCCCCCCCUGCCAAACCUCAGAGAAGCUUCCGGCAGAAACGAGAAGGGGAGGAGGAGAAGGAAACCACAGCCUACCUGGAAGGAUGCGACUACAUCAAGGUGAAGGAGGAGGAGGAGCGAAAAGGUCUGAAGGAAAACAGUGAAGGAAAUAACGGGGAGGAAAGAGGGUUCAGUGGUUCCUUCUAUUUCUCAGACAAAGAUGGAGGGAGUAAAACAGAAACAGAUGAGGACGAGUGCAGCGAGGAUCCAAGAGAGAGCAGGGAGGAAGAGAGGCAAAGGAAACAAGAGGAAGAGCUUGAGGAGCCGAGUGAGCUGGAGAACAGUACAGGUGAUGAAGAGGAUGGUAGAGUAAGUGAGGAUGAAGUGGGAGACAACAAGGAGGAAGGGGGAGAGGAAAAGAGGGAGGAAGGAUUGAGAGAGGAAAAAGAGGCAGAGGAAGAUGCAGACGUAGAUAUUUGCAGGAGAGAAGAUGAUCCGCGUGACACAAUGAAAAGUGACACCACGGAAGGGGGAGAAGAACCUCCAACCUCCCCGUCCUCAGAGGGCCGUCGCAGCCGCGUCAUCCGCCUGUACCAGUAUGACGACGACGGUCAGCGGUACGGCCACCUUCCAGACCCCACCCCUGAUGAGCCUGGCCCCGCCCCCAGACUCAAACAGCGCUCCCUCUCUCUGACGCGUCUCAGUGCCAUUAUGGCUGCCGCCUCAGCUGGGCCGUUGGACACAAGAGAGACGGGGACGGAGGGGAAAGAGGAGAGGCCACACUUCCAGAUGGACAUAUAA